GGCCCGCGCGCCGAUAAGGAGCGCCCCCGGGGCCGCCCCUGCGCCGCUGCUGCCGGUGGCGGCUUCGCCAUGGCUGCGUUCGGACUGCGCGCCCCCGGCCCGCCGCCCCCCGCCCAGCCGCGCUAGUUUCUGCUCGGGUGCCGCCGCUAUGAACUCGCGGCAACCAGAUGCUCCUGCGCUGGAGCAGGGCGGUGGGGCCCGCCCGGGCAAGAUGUCGCUGCCCGUCGGUGUGCCGCGUCGGGCCUUCAGCUACGACGAUGGCCUGGAGGACACGGCGCCCAUGACGCCGCCGCCUGCAGACCUCUGCGCCAGCGUCCUGUGGAAGGAGCCGAUCAUCCCCGAGCGCAAGUACCAGGAGCUCUCGAAGAUGGAGGAAGGAGAUGCUAACAUGAAUGCACCUGUCAUAACUCCUUCAUCAUCCACUGAGAGUGUGAACAGGGUACCUGUGGUGAAGGCCAAGGCCACUCAUAUCAUCAUGAACUCUCUCAUCACAAAGCAGACUCAAGAGAGCAUUCAGCGCUUUGAGCAGCAGGCAGGCCUGAGAGAUGCUGGCUACACUCCUCACAAAGGCCUCACUACUGAGGAGACCAAGUAUCACCGUGUGGCUGAGGCAGUCCAUAAGCUAAAAAUGCAGAAUGGAGACAUGACAAAAGAUGACAAACAGACUUCUUCUGCUCAGUCCACCCCAAGCAGCACACCCCACUCCUCUCCCAAGCAUAGAAACAGGGGCUGGUUUAGUCAGGGAUCCUCUGCUUCUAUCACUGGCCCAGACUUUGCCAUGGAAAAACCAGGGGACAACUUGCCAUCUGAAAGAUGGAGCUUUUUUGGACCUAGAGCAAUCCAGAAAUCCACCACAGAUCCAGGAGGAUUUACCAUCCAAUCCUAUAAAGGUGCCCAGAAGCCUUCCCCGAUGGAGCUGAUGCGUGCUCAGGCUACUAGGAUGUCGGAGGAUGCAGUCACAUUCAAGCCACCCAAAAUGGACAUUCCAGUCACAGAAGGCAGGAAACAAUCUUCACGUUCCCAUAAUAUCAAACCUCGGGAUCUCAAUGUGCUCACUCCCACAGGGUUCUAGGAAGAAUGCUUCUGGUGUCUUUAGUGAGCUACAGAGUAUUGUAGGUGCUGCUUCCUUACCCUGUUGUGCUGCACUAAACUAGGAAAUUCUCCCUUCCAGCUCUUCGUCUCAGAAAAGGAAACAGUUGUGACUGUCCUCCUAAAGCCAGUCUUGGAAUAACUCCUGUGCUAACACCAGACCUGCGCAAACCACCUUGUCUGCUCUCUUGUCCCACUUCAGUCUGCUAGGCUGCACUAGACAUGCUUCCUGGCACACUGCACCACAGUAAAACCUUAAACCAUAUUUUGUGGGGCAAGACUGCAUGUGGUGUGCAAGCAGGCUGGCUUGUCUACCUGUAGUCUGAUUGUCCUGUUCUGCUCGGUGCUCAAAUACCCUCAGGAGGAUUUGGUUCUGACUGGCAUGUACAGAACACCAGCAGAAAGUUAUGAAAACAAGCAAGGACUGAAAAGUGCAGCAGUAACUUCCAGAAGGAAGUUGCUCUGGGUUUAAAUGUGGCACUGUCUGUUGUGCCCUUGUAGUUCAUCACCUGGUACUUCCUUGUCCUUGGAGCUUUUCUAAGGGAAGAGCAGAGUGAUGAUUCUAAGAUGCUCUUGCUAGAAAGGCAGGGAACACAGUGUGAUGACAUCUGCAGUAGUGAGGAAAGAUUGCUUCUCUUGCCAAUCUCCAUGUUCCUCCAAAAAAUGUGGAAAUGACCAGAGCUGAUGUGGCUUGAACCAAGUAAUCCUUUCUUUUCUUCAAAACAUCACUGUCCUGCCUUCUGUAAAACAGAUGACCUGAUGUUAUGGCACUCUGGAUGCUGCUUAAUUUGGGUGUUUUUUUUUGGUAGCACCUUGUAUGAAGUGUAUUUGGCACCAGGGACACUUCUCAAAUGAGUCUUUUUUUAAUUGGCAUUAAAUACAUCUUUCAGGGUUAGGGGAGGGAUGAGAUCAAGGCUGGAUAUGCCUCCCUGCUGUGAUACAGCUAUAUGUAAUUUUUAGCCUAGUCAGAAGCACUUUUUUGGGACAACUAACACUUGCUUUCAUGAGAAAUGGAAAAGUACAAGAAACUCUGGGCUAUUUUAUAAGCCCUUAAGCACUAUAGGUAGCAUUGCUCUGUAAUCUUCACCUGUCCUGUGGCAAAUGAGUUUCCUCUUUUGAUCUCACAGUUGUGUUGCAGACCGCCCUCAGCCAUCAAUCAGCAGGCUUUGUGUAGUGGUGAGGUGGCAGCAGCAGCCUUGCCUCUGGUACUGGAAGCUUCUCUGUAGCCAGGACAUUAUGCAGAGGUUACUUAACAGAUAGUAGCCAGUGAGGUCUGGAGUUUCUGUUACCUUAAACCAAACAUUCCCCCUCCAGAGGGUGAGGCAGGGUUGGCUCAUCUCACAAGCUGCGGUCCCCUCUGAAGAAGCAUGCUUUGUGGCUUUGCAUCUCAAGCUCUGCCAAUGAUGUGUUGUAUUGAAAGUCUCCCACCCAAGCAAGCAGUUUUCACUGCCACCACUCGUUUGCACCUUGGCAGUCAGUCUCUUGUUUGACAUUAAUUUAUUUGUCUGCAUUCAUGUUGAACAUGUGUGUGAUUUUUUUUGUUUGGUUUAUUACAAGAAAAUAAAACUCUUGUGAAUGGA